AUGGAUGAGAUCGAGCAACUGAGGCGGGAGCUCGAAAGAGAGAAACGCCGCAGGGAAGAUGCGGAGGCUCGUGCAUGGAACGAACAGCGCCGCCGCGAAGAGGAACAACGCCGCCGCGAAGAUGCGGAGACCCUUGUGCAGAAUGAGCAGCGUCGUCGCGAAGAGGAACAGCACCGACGAGAACAGGCCGAACUCCGCGCUGCUGAAGCCCAGCAAGAUACUGCUGCUGCCCUUGCUGCUCUCCGACAGGAGAAAGAAGAGCACGCGCGUAUCCAACUUGAUCAAUGCCUAAACGAUUAUCUUGUCCAGAUAAACCGUCUCAACUUCCACUUAUGUCGUUUGCUCCCUCGUGCCGCUAAUUCCGUCCCGACUCUUUCGGAGGGUGAGAAGUCGAAGUCCACUACAUCUGGUCGGACAAACAUCUUUGGAAAAUACUAUCCCUUGAAAAUGCGCGCCUGGUGCGACUUUCCAAAUCUCAUCGGAGCUGCCUUUGCACGCAUUCAGGCGACUGUCGGCACCCAAAGACUCUUCCCCUCUGUUGCCGAGGUAGACUUCACUGAAAGAGGUCUGCUCGAGGAGCUUCCGGACGAGUUUCUGCAGUCAGAAUCCUUCAUCAACGAGAUGAAAACAUCUUAUUUUCUGCACGAGACAUUGCAGAAACCUACCCAAAGAAUUAUUAACGCCUACCUAAACGCCAGUGGAAACACGCAGAAGCUCUUAUUUGACAACCGCACGAUUGGUUGGCAACCUCGGCCGAGCAGCUUCUCCAACGCAGACACAGACAGCAAUAACGAUAGUUGGGACGACAACGCCACCCCCAAGCUGCCACGCAAGACCCAGCCGGACUGCCUUGUGCUUUGCGCGAAUGUUUCUGUCCCGCCAGUCGAAACCGCCGGAGACGCUACUGGAGACAGGGGUGAUAACGGGGAUGGCAACGAAAUUCGGACGGUACAUCGCGUGACGCUUGGCGAACACAAAGCCACACAUCGUCUGCGUGCUGGCACCGUUUCUCUCUAUCUGCGGGGUCCUAUGGCUGAAGACUUUAUGGUCCAACUGGCGAAGGAUGCUAACUCCAGCCCUGCUGCGCAAGACAUGACGCAGGAGGCAAAUCAACCGGCGUCGUUCCGCUCUUCCGUUGGCCCCCCUGGGCAGGUUUUUUUUGCCCGCGCGCUGACGCAGACCUUCCACUACAUGAUUACGUCCGGGAUCGAAUUUGGCUACAUGGCGACGGGGGAGACACUUUCCUUUUUGCGGGUGUCGCGGGAUGAUCCCACUACCCUCCUAUACUACACUGCGCUCUUCCCACAGUUUGGCCGGCGGAGGCCAAGGGACGAUAACGAUGUUGCCGACCCUGAGAGCAACGGCAUCGACCACCUCGCCAUCUCCGAGUUGUGUGGCCUAUGUCUGCUCGCGUUUGAAUCUACAUCCGAACCGGCACGCCGGAGGAGCAUCAACAUAUCACAACUAGCCCCAUUCCCCAAACUUCCACCUUCCCUUACGGAUGACGCGACGUCGGUGGUGUCCUCUUCCGCCACUCCACGAAGUCGGGAUAGCAGCCAGGGACGGCGCAGGCGCCGUGAAGAUGACGAUGACGGAGAUGAUGAGAGGAGAACUGACGGCGAUGCAGGCGCUGGCGCCAGUACCUUAGAGCGUGGCCGUCUUCACCCUCCGGCGCACAGACCACGGGUGCCAUCCCCGUUAAAGCGGCAACGAUCCGCGUCAGACCAUCCGGCAGAUGAUGGCGACCAAACCCAUCGUAAACAGCGGCGGGUUGCUUUGCACCAAGACUCCAUCAGACGCUCUCCCAUGCCGUCUCUUCCGGGUCCGUUUGACCCGUCGUCCUUUCAACCAAUCCGCCCAUACUGCACACAGGCUUGCCUGCGAAGUCUCGUCCGCGAAGAGGAAGUCGAUUACAACUGUCCGAACGUUGUACUGCACUUGCAAGCGCUUCGUCGUUACACAGAUUCCCGGCAUCAAACAACUCAUGCCAUCACGCGGAGCACGCUUUGCAAACUCGUCCAAACCCAGCUUCUGGACAACGCCGAGCGGGACUGCGAAUGUUUUAUCGAUAAGGGCUUUUCCGGCGCGAUUGGCUGUCUCUUCAAGAUCACGGUGACAGGGUACGGAUACACCUUUGUUGCGAAAGGGGUCCAGUCCUUCGACCGCCACCGGCUGUCCCGCGAAGUUGGCGUCUACGACCGGCUUUCCGGCCAGCAGGGCCUGCUGAUCCCUGUCUGUCUUGGCCUGAUUCAGCUGCUUCUACCUUACCCCAUGCUGAACUGCACCCUUGUGACGCAUAUGCUGCUGAUGUCAUAUGCCGGUAUCCCGCUCUAUUCGUCGAAGCUGCACAAGCUUCCGGGAAUUCGCGACAUCGACUUGGACCGGGAGACGGCGCGGACCUUGGACGAGCUGUGGGCGGUGGGUCUGGAAGACCGGGAUGAAGAGAGUAACGGCAACUUGACAUGGUGCCAGGAGACAGGGCGGGUGAUGAAGAUUGAUUUUGACCAGGCGUAUGUCCGCCGGCGCGGUGGUGACGACGAUGAAAACCAAGAUGGGAAAUUGCUCCCACCCGCCCAGAGACCUGAAGGCAAGAGUUGGGAUGAUACUGGAGAGUGGAAGAGAACUCGGCGAAAGCAGCAGCCGCAUUCGACUGUCGAGAGCCUUUUGCUUGCCUAG